CAACUUCAGAGCGCGCAUGCGUCGAUUUUAGUAGUAGAGAGACAUGAUUGGAAGCUUGUUGUUUUAUGUACUCUACCCGUUUUCACGGUACCUGUCCAGUCGCCCCUCAGACUCAAAAGAGGAUCUCCCCCUUGCAGCAGUUAAUGGCACGGCAGUGUGGGAUGGUGGUGGUGUCACAACCAACAAGUUCACCCAAUCUGAGACAACCCCGCUGGACCUUUGGCUCAGCCCAAACAGUGAUUCAAAAGGAGAAAUGGAAGAAAGGGUAAAAGAAUCAAACUCAGAAAAGGAAGACAUUACAAGGCCUGACAUGGACAAAGAACUGCUGAUGGCUGUCCCAAAGAAUGAUGCAGCUUUAGAGAUGUGUGAACUGGAAUCUGAAGUGGAGGAGAUAAAAACAGAGAAGAGACAUGGACCACAGCAGGAGAAGGUGGAAGCUCCCAAUAAGCAGGAUGAGGAAAUAACUAUCCACCAUAGUGUGCCGCAUUGGAAGCAAGAAAAUAAACGUAUUUCCCCAACUGAGGACAUCAGCCCAGAGCAAACACUUGGGGAACAAUUAAAGUGCCUGCAAACAGAGGAGAACACACAAGAAAGUAGCUUUCUAGCACAGGACCAAGCACAGAUACAAAGCUUGGAGGAGUCAGAAACUACAACAGAAACCACAUGGUCAGCCGCAGAACAAAUCCAAAUACCAAACAAGAACAAGUCACAUACUCCAGCUGAAGUAACUGAGUGCUGGGACGAAUAUGUAGUUCCCACUGCAGAUGUAGAUGAAACGUGCAAUGGUGCAAACAACUCCAAGAUGAUAUUUGCCUCCCUUCUCUCCAACGCUCGGACUGACUUUAACCUCAGCAGUCAGAAUGAUGCACAAACGGCCUGGCAUUUCCCUGCAGGGCCUGGCUUUGCAGAAGAAGUGCAGUGCCCACCAUGGAACUAUCCUGCCAUGAGCUACUACCCUUCAACACAAUCAACAGUGCCCUUUGAAGUGAUGUGGAGAGUAUGGGAGGAUUUAGAUGAUGGGGCCACAGCAGCAGAGCCUGUCCUGACACCUUUCCCACUGACAAAGACAACGAUGGACUUCACUGUCAUGUCCUACAACAUCCUUGCUCAGGACCUGCUGGAGCUUCAUCAGGACCUGUACACACAUUGCCCCCUGGAGGUUCUGGGCUGGAACUACCGCUUCAGUCUGCUCCUCGGCGAAAUACAAAAAUGGACACCAGAUAUUUUGUGUCUCCAAGAGGUUCAGGAGAACCACUUCUAUGAACAACUGCAUCCCGUCCUGUAUGAGAUGGGCUACACCUGUGUGUACAAGCGGCGCACUGGGACCAAGACAGAUGGCUGUGCCACUUGCUAUCGCAGCAGUUGCUUCUCUGAGGUAGUUGUCACCGAGCUGGAGUUCUUCAGGCCGGAGACGGAGCUGUUGGACCGGCACAACGUCGGCAUUGUUUUGCUGCUUCAGCCAGUGGUCGCCCGGGGGUCGGAGGUCAAGGGGAAGGCUCCUCUCCUCUGCGUGGCCAACACCCACCUGCUCUUCAACCCCAAGAGGGGGGACGUGAAGCUCGCUCAGUUAGCAAUAAUGCUGGCAGAAAUCAGCAGCGUGGUUAAGUCCUGUAAGGCCAAAGGUGAACACUGUAAUGUUGUAUUUUGUGGGGACUUUAACUCUAUCCCACACAUGCCUCUGUACCAGCUGAUCACCACCGGCAAGCUUUACUACCAAGGCCUGCCAGCGUGGAUGAUUUCAGGUCAGGAGGAUCUGUCAGAUAAGUUCAGUUGUUACAGACUGUUUGCUCCCUUGUGGCCCAGUUCUCUGGGAAUUACUGACGACUGCCAGUACACUGCUGUCAACGAGAUGCUUGACAGCCGGAGUCCCAAUCCAGGGAAAAACCAGUACAGCCAAGGCUUCAUGCUGCAGCUGCGCUAUUGUCCUGCUGCAUGUGUCCGCCCUCGGUACCUGCAGGUGAUUCCAGGGGUCACUGACAACACACCAGAUGCUUCAGAGGGAAAUCGGACUUAUGAGAAAAGCUUCAGACACACUAUCAGUCAUCAAUUGGACCUGGAGUCAGUCUAUAAACACACCAUCCCAGGAUCUGGCUGUCCAAAAGUUACAACUCUGCACUCUGAAGGAGGCAGUACUGUUGACUACAUCUUCUACUCCCCGCAACGCAGCUUUACCUCUGAUGAAAAAGCUGGGGCCGAGUUUGCCAGAAAAGGUCUGAAGCUUAUUAGCUCUCUCUCACUCCUGUCUGAGGAUGUCUUGUGGUCAAUGCAUGGACUUCCCAAUCACAUAUUUCCUUCUGACCAUCUCAGUCUUGUGGCCAAAUUCCAGCUGGAAGUGAAUGUUGCAUGAUAGGAAGGACUGUGGUUGAAUUCAGUAAAAUGGACAUCAGAGGGGAAGUUUUUUUCUGUUCAACAGAUUCAGAUCGUGCUCUGCACAAAUAUGUUUUUGUUAGUAGGAAUGGCAUUACUCGUGGUUCACCUUUGGCAGCAUUUUACAACUGAUAAAAAGGUAAAUUUUUGUUCAAAGAGUAAUGAAAACAAUGGAUGCCAAUGUUCUGUCUCGCUACAUGUGGUUUUCAUCUAUUGCAUGUUUUAGAGUUAUAUCUGGGAUGUGACAAUUCUUGUUGAAUUUUGCUGUAGUAAAAAACAAAGGGAAUGAUUGCUUUAAUGGGUCUGAUGAUACAUUGAUCUACUCAUUUUGGUGUUGCUGAAUGCUUUAAAUUUUCAUUUAUUUUAAGCUUCAUUUUGAAAGACAUAUAUUUUGAGGUGAUAAAAAUGUUAAAUAAAUAUUUUCCAAUAA